AUGCGUCUCCUCCACACCACCAAGCUCCACCUCGUCGAGUCCCACAGCCAAGGCAUCCUGCCCUCCGCCAUCCCGCCCUACGCCAUCCUAUAUCACACCUGGGCUAAGGAGGAGGGUUACGAGAAGGUGGCCGGCGCCUGCGCGUUGGCAGUACAAGACGGGAUCGAAUACCUUUGGAUCGACACUUGCUGCAUCGACAAGUCGAGCUCGGCCGAGCUCUCGGAAGCCAUCAACUCCAUGUUCCGAUGGUACCGCGACGCCGACAAGGGCUUCGGUCAACGCAAAUCUAUCGGGGGCUUGGAAAGGGAUAGGAGGGAGAACAAGGGCGAGGAGCCGUGCUGCUGUGCUACGCAGCGGGUUGACGGCGAGGGGAGCGUGGUUGUUGAGGUGCAGAGCCGGAGACGAAGCAACGGCUGGUCGCGCAUGGGUGGAGGCUAA